UGGUCGUUAAGUAAAUUAAAGCGCUAUUUCUGUAACGACUCAGAGGAAGCUAAACAGGUUUAGCACAAUAUGACAACUAUUUAAAAUUCAGUCAGUUUCCGCAUACAAAGAGGGGGUCAAACAGCGUCUAAACAACAAAUGGUGAGCUGCUCGUUACCAAGUCUGGAUCCAGAAACAAAGCAGACAGUGUGUUUCAGGACCCCGAACUUCCAGAUCCGUUAUCACUGAGUCUAAAUGAAAACUACAGUGACCAGUCUUCACCACAUCAGGAGCCAAAAAAAGCACCAGCAAGCCCCGACUACAACUGUGAGAUUCCAGAGAUCCGAGUAAUCAUCAAAGAGGAAGAGGAAGGCUGGACUAUGAGAGCCUCAGCUCAGAGAGGGAAAAAGAGGACACUUCUGCAGACACCUGUCUUCCCCACCAGAAAGCGUGUGGGACGGAGAGCUCUGUUUCGUGUGGAGUAAAGAAACACCAGAGAGGCUGUUCAGCGGAGAAAUGCUUUGAGAAGCCUGACCCUGCCACAGAGAACCUGCAGAGACACAUGCUCAUGAGCGCCGAUGAGAAACCUCAGAUUUCCUGUAUGCAUGGCAAGGUGCCCGGAAAUGCGACUGUGCAUCAGUGCAAUAACACAGGAGAGAAACCCUUCUCCUGCCCAGGAUGGGACAUGACCCCCAGUCACAAAAGGAAUGUGAAAUCCCAUCAGAGAACAGAGGCAGGCGAGGAGUGUUGUGCCCAAUACCAGAGAGCAUCUUUACACAUGGAAGAAGAGCUACAACAGACCAAAACAUCAGCAGCUUGCCAAACUAAUUCUCCUGAACGUAAGCACCCGAAGUCACGCGGACUCAAGGUGGCAUCUGAAAACUUAAACGACCGAACACUUCGUUUGACUGUAAGACUGCAUGCGGGGGAGGAGGAGGAGGAAGACGAGGAGGCACAAGAUGAAGAAAUUGGAGGCUUAAUUAACUCUGAUGGAGAAGUGGUUGAAUGGGAUUCAGCAGGCAGCCCUGACAGAGGCUCUGAUUGCACAGCAGGUCCUCAGCCUAACAAGUCUCAGCUGCGAGGUCAAAGCCAGAGAGACAGCAGCAGUCCAACGCUCAUCAUGGAAGUUGUUUCUGUGGGGGAAGAUGAAGAAAGGGAGGAAGCAGAGGAAAAAACAACAGGAGCAAAGAUUAAUGCCGUCUCCCCCUCACAUUAUGCAGAAAAGAGACCAAAAAGAAAGAAAAAGGUUCCGGUAGUGUAUAUGGAGAACUCGGACACAGAACAAGAGGUUCCUGCAAAUGCUGCAAAAAGAAGAGGCAGAAGAAAGAUUUCCCGGACUCCACCGUUUCCUGCUGAAGACUUAGAGGCAGAUGCAGGAGUAUCACAGCGUACCCGAAGAAAGAGAAAUAUCCAUGCAGUAGCAGAACCAGAAGAAUUAAACUCAAAAACUGCCCGCCGUGCUGCUGCAAAGCGGCCGUAUAGAAGAAGGAAAGAUACCAAAACAUCUGCUGAAGCAGAAGGAGAGAACAUCGGUCUUUCACCUGGCAAGAAGCGCCCUGGCAGAAAGAUGAUCUGUGUGCCAAUAGAAAUACCUCCUGAGCUCCUAAAGAAACCCAAAGAAAAAAUAGAAUACCACUGUUCAGUGUGUGGCAAAGAAUUUCCACAUGCCUACAAAUUAGAGAGGCAUGAGCUGAUCCACACAGGAGAGAAACCAUACUGCUGCUCCAUCUGUGGUCGUGGUUUUAACCAGAAGGGAAAUCUCAAAACACACUACAAAGUUCACCUAGGUCGUAAGGGUGCUGUGGAUUUUGAUGAUGAGGUGAAUCCCACAGCGUCAGAGCUCUCUGAAUAUUUAAAGUCCCUGCCUGGUGAGUCCAGGAUUCGAUCAUCCCUCCGUUGCCUGGAAUGUGGAAAAGACUGCGAGAGUCAUUCAGCUUUACAAGCACACCACAUUACUUCACACACUGAGACUGCAGCUGAAUCAGGUGCCGUUAAGCUCAGUGCACCGCCACUUCUGUUUUGCCGCCGCUGUGGUAUUCAGUUCAGUGAAAGAGAAAAGCUGGACGAACACAUGAAAACCCAUAUCAAGGAGAAGCCGUACUCCUGUCCUGACUGUGGCAAGAGGUUCAUUAAUGAGAGUUACAUACAAAUCCACCAGCGCAUCCAUACCGGAGAGAAACCGUUUCUCUGCUCCCAGUGCGGCAAAGGUUUCCACACUGCUUCCUCCCUCAAACUGCAUGAAAUGCAGCACUCUGGGGAGAGACCGUUUGCAUGUUCCAUCUGUGGGAAGACAUUUCGGAUUAACUCUUACCUAACAGCACAUUACCAGACCCACAUUAAAGAUAGACCAUUCAUUUGUAGCGUUUGUGGGAAAGGCUAUUCCAGAGCAGAGGAACUAAAGGUACACCACAGACUUCAUACUGGAGAGAGACCCUAUGAGUGCGGUGAUUGUGGGAAGAGUUUCAUUUAUCGCCAGGGCCUUCGGCAGCAUCAGCGCACGCAUGCUGGAAGACGCAUUGGGCCAACCAGACAGCUUGGUAGACCAAAACAACAGGCCAGGCUUGACAUCUAACAGUUAAUCUAUUGGUGCAUUUUUGUUGUUAACUGUGUUUGAAAAUAUUGCACUAAAUUGUGUUUUUCUUUGAUCUUCUUCCUUCCAUUCCUCACAGCUGCAAAAAAGAUGAUUAUGUCUAAAAAAAAAAAAAUGUACACCACAGAUUUAAUGUGGGUUGCCAAGACUUUGGCAUUUUAUUGUGUUGUCUUUCUUGUAUCCAUGUUUUGUAUUCAUGUUUUUGUUUACUGUCACUUGUAGCCCAUCUGUACAAAUUUGAGUGCCUUUGUAACCUGCAUGCCAAAUACUAAAUGUUAAAAAAAAAGAUCAUGCACUAUAUCCUUAAUAUUUUAAAAUCCAUGUUGAUGGAAUACAGACAUUUUUCAGAAACAAGGAUAGGUUUGACAGUUUGUCUCACGGUCACUGUGUAUCAACAUCCUGCUCAAAAGCUCCAACAGCCAGAGAUUUAUACUUAAUCUAUCUUAUGACAAUGUAAUCCUUAUAUUUUUGCCUUAAAAGGGAAGUGUUAAACACUAGUAGAUUGUUCCUUCUCAAAGAACAGUGGCUUUAGUAUGCUUUAACUUAUUUUGUCUCAUAAUCUAUAUCUCCCCUGUCCAUCUUGAAUCUAACAUUUCAGCAUUAGUCCUGGGUUGUACCCCCUUUUUUGGAACCAGUGUUAAUUUCGUUGACGAAAUAUUUUUGUCAUAGUUUUCGUCAACGACCCUUUUUUCAUGACAAAAACGAGACGAUAACUAAAUAAAAA